UCAGUCGUUUACCGACAACCGGCCUGCAAACGUGUUCGAAUUGAUUUGUUCAAUCAUUUUCGUGCCAAGCGUGGGCAUCGGUUGGAUCAGAUACAAGUUUUGACGUCGGAGAUGCAGUCUCAGUCUCUAUAGUGUGAGUGGGCAAUGCGUUUCUCAGUCAUCUGAAUUCUGGAAAAGUGUCCAAAUUGAAGUCGGUAUCACGAUUUCGUUUACGCGUUGUGAAAAUAAGAUAAUAAUUCACGUUCUGAAGCUUGAUCAAGAUUUAUGAACGUUUAGAUUUAAGCUUCAGAACAAGUUCAAAGCUACGACAGUGGAUGAAGAUAUACUAUAGGAUAGAUAAUGUGCUAUUGUAUGUGAGCGAGAAUAAUUACUAAGUUGCUAAACUAAAUCAUAGUGAGGAGUAAGUUUCUGCAUCCGAGAUGUGUGCAGAUUAGAUAUUAGUACAAGUUAAAAUUGCUUCUUAACGCCGAUACUUAAAUGUAAGUGUGUGAUAAUACGUGCAAAUUUGAAAAUGUAUUGAUAAAAAUAACAAAUAGAACACCGCCACUUUGAGUAUACGUGUUCAGGUGUAUGAGUGCAAAAGAUUGUUGCUUCUACUAAGCGAAAAAAAAAACAAAAUGUGAGAGAACCCAGCAGCAGCAGCAGCAGCAGCGGCGGCGGCAUUUGAAUAACACGAAGCGGAUGAAUUAUUUAUUCAAUUUUAUUGAGAAUCAUAAAAGUGACGAUGAGAUUGAAAAAUUGAUACCACUUUUGAGUCAUAUUUAGAAUUCAUUUUUUGACGAUCUUUCCGACGGUUCUUUAAUGGAUGCCUGAUCUUUUUGAGGUCAAAUAUCAAAUAUUAAGGUUCAAACCCAUACCCAUAGUGAUACACACCUCGGUUCGAGCCGGUCCAAGCAGCGAUGAAACAACAGUAGCUUGUAUGUGUCUGAUCGGGGCAGACCCAAUCUCUACGGUCGGUCAAUCUACUUAGAAUCAAGGUACCUACCGUCAGAAUAGCACUUUCGGGCAUUUGUGCAACAACCGGUCACGAGACGUCGAAGUGAACCUACAUAUAUUGAUGUAGGUAUAGCUAGCUGAUCGUGAAAUAACAAACCACGGGCCCACGGGAGCGAAAGCAGCCAAGCCGUGAAAACGAAGAGAGAAAAAACAGAUUUUUCGAUAGAAUUACGUCAAUAGAAUUGAUUUUUAAUGGAUUCAAACGUGGAUGGAAGUGAUUUCAUUUCAAGAGCUGAUAGCAGCAAAGAAGAAGUAGUCAUAACGAGCUCUCGUUGGUGGUAAUCGUGAAGUGAAAAGAAAGGAAGAUUCUUUAUUUCUUUUUCAAGUUCGGUUCGAUAUCUGUAUGCGAGUUUGUAUGGAAGACAACGAUUUAUCAGUGAAAGAACAUCAGCAGCAGCAGAUUUGUUUUCGACUUUCGAAGACACCGCCCGUCGGUCGGGAGCCUCGGCACUGUUUUCACAAUCCGACAAAAUACGGCCAAUGCUUUCAGCCGUGGAGAACCUAGGAUCCGGCCGGGUUUAUCCCCAUCCGUUUCCAGGUACGGCGGCACCAUCGUUGCUAGGCCAGCUCCCACUGUCGGCUGCUGGCCUACCGUUGCUAGGACCCAACAUGGUCGAUAUGUCAGUAGCUGAGUUUGCCCGACCGCAUCCCAAGCAGCAGAGCAUUCUAUUAAUGCAUUUCAGGUACAACGAAGCACCUCGAAAUGGACUGCUUCCGUCUUCGAGACCAAAAUACUCGGAAUCACCACAGUCACCACAAAGCGGUCCUGUAAAUCUGGCCGUAAGUCCCAACCUACCAAAUCCUCAUAGCACACAGACGCUAAGUGCUACCAAAUUGAGCCAUCUCGGACAUGAUUUUCAUGAAAGAACGCUCCAGGCACACGCUCAGGCUCGGGCUCAUGCUCAUGCUCAACAACAACAACAACAACAACAACAACAACAACAACAACAACAACAACAACAACAACAACAACAACAACAGCAGCAGCAGCAGCAGCAACAACAACAACAGCAACAGCAACAACAACAACAGCAACACCAACAGAGACACCAAGAACAACAGAAAGAAGCCGCGGUUGCCGCAGCGGCUGCUGCCGCGGCUGAUAUCGGAAAAUUAUACUCACCAACUAAUCCCCGGUUAUCGUUUUUUCCCGGCCCGCUGGAUAACAAUUCCUACCCUGGUUUAAAUUAUGGACUCUAUCCAUUUAGUUAUUCUGCGGCACAUUUAGAUGCUCGAAUGCUAGGACGGCCUACAUACCUAUCAGGACAGCGAGAUCCAUAUCCAACGUCUCCUUUCCUUACGCCUGGUUCAUUUAGUUCACCUGAAAGUUCAAAAUCCAAGAACUACCCCCCAGUUUCCUUAUCACAUUUGAAUGGUCAUAUUGGCCUGAAACCUACCUCUCUUCCACAAAUACCUCAGGACAAAUUGCCCUCCGAUGAGAGAAGUCCAACAUUGCCACCGUCCCCAUCGUCGUCAGGCCUGAUAGGUGUAUACUCAGAUAGGGAACGAGGAUACCUGAAUGGAUUGUCGAGUAUUCAGGAACACUCCUUACACAGCAAAUACCCAGGUAGCCAUCCUGCCCUGCACGAGAAGGAAAACAAACACGAACAUAAGCAGCACCAUUCUAGUCACCACCAACAGCAGCAACUGCAGCAUCACCCGAUUGCGGGUUCCUUCACGGGUUCACCCCUGCAAGCCCAUCAUCCAUUCCUUCCGCCAAUACCAUCUUGCUCAUCAUCAUCAACAGUUUCGUCCUUGCUGUCUUCCAGUCAACGUCACCAUUCGAUGCCGCAUCCUCCCGCGUCUAGCAGUUCGUCUCAUCAUCCUCACCCGGUAGAUGGGCUUCGUCUCGAACAACUGCCUCAAGAUAACGAAUUUAAGGUACCGUCCGGUAAAGAAGGCUCCCUGAAGCAUCGAAUCCUAACGCGUCCCGCUAGUGAACGAGAUGUCAGACGAAGAUCUCCUACAACGAAAUCGACUACUAUUUUUAGGCCAUUCGAAAAUGGUACAACGACGAAUUUUACCAAGGGUGCCCUGAUUCAGCUGGCUGAUGAGUGCAAACGAGUAGAAGAUGUGCGAACGGAAGAUUUAGUACAAACCGCAGAAAAGUCAGCCAACCUACGGCUAGCCGAAUCGACGGCAGUUAAAAUAACUCCCCGUAACAACAAUGUGAUUAUCACGUUCAGUUAUGAUAACAACCGAUCAAGGAUUGACAUCGAAGCAACGAUCGAGCAUCCAUUCUUCGUAUACGGACAAGGCUGGGCCUCGUGUAGUCCGGAAAAGUCGUUGCAUCACUUUGGUUUGAAAUGCCAAAAACUGCAAGUCGGCGAUAUUUGUCUCUCUCUGAUUCCACGUGAAAAACCCAAAUUGAGUCAUUCCUCAUCCAAUGCUUCUUCGUCGUACCUGGCUCAUCAACCGCCAACAACCUCUGGUCAGUAUCUGCCCCCAUCUCAGCAGCUACACCACCACGAUAUUAAUGGAAACCAGACAAGCCUACACCACCAACAACCAUAUCAUCUCCAAUAUACUCAAUCGAUGGAUCACCUACGAUCGACUCGGGACAGAGGAGGGGACAUCAGUAGUCAACAACAUCAACAGCAGCAGCCGCAGCAGUAUCUACCUCAGAAUCUUUCACGCAAAGCGUCCUUUCUCUCGCCAACUAUUCCUACUACGGCUACAACUACGGCUGUUUCCUCUCGUCCUUCAAAUACGUUACCGUACAGCAGCUUUCCGUCGGUGCCAGUUUUUUCUAUGCCUUUUUCAGCGGCUAAUCUAAGUAAACCCCACGAACCCUCCCACUAUUCGCCAAAAACAUCUCCCGAUCAUUUGAAUCUUAGUACCCGAUCGGUGACCAAUUCAUUGAGCUCCCUGGACACGAACGAUCAGCCCGUUGCAAUGGUCGUGGACAAACAUACCCAUUCCUCUUCUUCAUCGACAUCUUCGUCGUCUUCGGGGAUCAGCAGUGGCGCUUCGUACACCUCGUCAGCGACUUCCAAUGGUGGAACGAAAACUGGAAACAGCAGCAACUCACUACCAUCGGCGAUGACAGCCGAGGGCGGCACUGUGGACGAAGAAGAUUGUGCAAUUGAUGCAUCAGUUUCGCGGAAGCGCCGAUGGUCCGCUCCAGAUGUGUGUGAUGAUGCCAGUCAAGGUCAGACGGACAUUUCGGGGCAACCGCCAUCGGCAAAGAUUCCCCAGGUUACAACUUAGAUUGUUAAAUAUGCUGUUAGCUGCUCAGCAGCAGCAGCGCAGUGCAUUUUAGGGUGAUAUGUGCAAAAACUUUAGCAGGUUGUAGGUACCAGUGAAUAGAGACUGCAGAAGAAUAGACCUUUGGAAUGUUACUUUCCGGGAUGCUCAAGGAAUGCCGUGAUCUCAUGUCCAGGCAAUAUAGAUGAAUUGGAAAAAAAAUGGUGGAACACUAUCGCACUUCUUUUGAGUUAUCAUCAGUUGAAUUCAAAGAAAAGUGUUCACUUUUGCAGAACAUUUCAACUUUCUAUAUUAAGUUAAGAACGUUUUUUUUAUAUUAAGAAGUGCAAUUGUGAUGUCUUUAUGAACUUAAGAGAUUUGAAUAUUUUAAAAGUAAUUCGGCUUGAAUUCAUGGACUUUUUAAGCAAGCUCACUAUGUUGGAGUUAUUUUUUCUAUAAAUCAAAAUCGUUCGUAAUGGAUUUUAUAACCUGAAAUAACAAAUUGGAAAAAAAUAUGGGAACUACAGGAGACUACAUAUCAGGAAGAUUGGUAACUUUGCUUCAAGUUUUGAGUCAAGCCACUCUACUCAAGUUGAGGUGGAACGGUAUUAGAAGAAAAUAAUGCAUUAGUUUGGAAAUAGGUACCAUGAGGUAUGAUAUUUAAAUAAUAAUAAUAAUAUUUAAAAAAAUGUAGAACAAAUGGUCUAAACGACAAUAUGUGAGGGCGCAAAAGGAAUGUUUUUUUUUUAUUCAAUUAGAGUUUUAACACUUAUGCCUUGUUCAGACUACAGAGUUAUAACAUGUUAUAAUAAUUAUCGACAAGAAAAAUGUCAUCAUGUUAUAACUGCUUAGUCUGGCCAUCAUUUUGGCUAAAAAUGUUACAAGGGUGUUAUAAUAUUUAUCGGCAAGAAAAACGUCUUCAAGACAGCCUUGUAACAUGUUAUAGAUCCGUAGUGCAACAGUGAUUGUUCCAUUUGUUUAAAACUACUGAUUCGGAUUUUUUUUUAUAAAUUCUUAGGGACUGUUUUAGGAUUCUUGAUCCCCCCCAUUCCCUGCGUAGACAAUAUUGUACAAACAAAAUUUUUAAAAAUUGUAUGGGCCGCGCAUAAUUGUCAAACCGAUCCCCCCCCCCCCGCCCAUCACAAACUGUCUACGUAGUUUAUCAAAAGCCCCUUAUGUUAUAUUUUUGAUGUGUUGAGGUUGCAAUUACCUUGAUAUUGUCAGCGUUCGUAAUGCUAAGAUCAACACCACACACACACUCUACUCGAGCGAAGAGGGGAUGGAGAUAGAGCACAAAAAGCAGCAUCCACAUCGCGUCCUCCUGGUGUACGGAUCGUCCUACACUCAAAAUAAUCGACACUUUAUAGUUACGUGAAAAAUCAAGUAGAGUAUCUCUUUUUGGUUUGCCGUCAAUUUUACAUGACCCAAGUAGAAUCUACAUGACACCACUUAUAUAUGAGGGGAAAUUCCAUUUGAACCGCUACAUUGUUUAAUGAAGUUUACGUGAUUUACCCACACACAGAUUCUAUGUGCGUUCCACGUAAACCAUAAGUGAUUUUCACUUCUGAAAAAAAAUGAGUGACAUUAAAUAUGGCGCUAGUUCAGUGGGCAUAUUUUCAUGCCAGUGUAAAUUCAGAUUAUUUAAGAUGUUACUUUUUUGUGGGACAAUUUAAUGGGGUAGGUAAGUUUAAUGAAUUAAACAUUUACAUAGAGAAUUAUUAAGUCUGUUUCUUUUUUAGUGUGACAGCAUCAUUCAUGGUGUAAUAUCAAGUGCAGGAUAGGCAUUUGUAUUACAUGUAUGUUUUCCCGUUCCCGAUCCUUGGCCCGAUUGAAUCUAAUUUCAAUAUGAUUUUGUUGCAGAUGUAUAUAUUUUAUGACAAAAUAAAGGCAUAUGCAUAAAAUAAUACUAGAUCUCUGCCUAAUACGAAAUCAAGAAUACAUUUUAUUCAAAUCGUAGCAGAAUUAACAUCAUAAGAAACCACUAUGAGCUGUAUUGAAAUAAUCACGUAACUUCUAUGUGAUAAUGCAGUGACGUUGAAGCUCACUGAAAUGAUUGCUUCUAUAUGAGAGUCACGUAACGUCUACGUGAAAAGAGCUAUGGAAAAAAUCUAUGUAUGUUUUCACGUAGCAUUAACGUGAAGAUUAUUUUGAGUGUAUAGUCCUAUCCAGCCGGGUUCGUAUUGGUGCGAUUUGCGUGUGAACUAUCAUUCGAAAACAACAAUAGAGAUCUACAAGCGCAAUCUCACGAACACUAAAAUCCAACAUCCAUAUAUAAAAAUGAAGAAUAAGAAGAAAAACCAAAAAGAUAUCGCGAUAUAACCACUACUUAAAAAGGUAGCGCGCGGUCUCACACACACUUUUGUGCAUUUGGAGAACAACAAAACGAAAACAAACCCUACGCAUGCACAGUAGCAAUCUAAAACCCAUUUAUGUGUAAAAGUUAACCCAUUUUCAAUAAUACA